AUAGCCACACAGUCGAAGCGCCAGCCCCUUCAUCUCUAUCGACCUCAAGACUGCCUCCAGCUCAUUUUCUUCUCCUGUCACGCCUCAACGACCAACUCGAGCAAAAGUUGGGUGGAUUGGCCAAUUCAAAAGCAACAAGUCUCAAGAGGCGUCCUUCCACCGCCUUGUCGCUCUGUUUAAGGACGACCUUCUCCGCCGGAAAAGCCUCACGAACACCAAUUUGAUCAAGAUGCCUGAGAUCGCCGAGGUCGCUCGCAUAGUACAUUUUAUUCGCAAACUGCUGGUUGGCAAAACCAUCGCCAAAGUCACGGCCACCGAUGAUGCAAGCGUCUAUGGCAAGGUGGGCACCUCAGCUGCCGAAUUUGAGAAACACAUGGCUGGUAAGAAGAUCAUCGAUGCUGGCCAACAAGGGAAAUACUUCUGGAUGAUCAUGUCAAGCCCCCCUCACCCAGUCAUGCAUUUCGGCAUGUCGGGGUGGUUGAAAUUCAAGUCUGAGCACACCUACUACUACCAGCCGCAAGAGGGCAAGAAGGACGAGGCGUGGCCCCCGAAAUUCAUGAAGUUCAUGCUCGAGACCGAAGCAGAGGACGGUGAAGAGCCAAUUGAGGCAGCUUUCGUGGACAUGCGGCGAUUCGCCCGGGUCAGACUUGUCGACUGUCCUGCUGCGGAGAUCCGACAGCACUCACCCCUGGUCGAGAACGGACCGGAUCCGGUCAUUGACAAGGAGAUGGUCACCGUCGAGUGGCUCAAGGACAAGUGCAAAAGCAAGAAGGUCCCCAUUAAGGCCAUGCUACUGGAUCAAGCCAACAUCAGCGGCAUCGGCAACUGGGUGGGCGAUGAGAUCAUGUACAAUGCAAAGAUCCACCCUGAACAAUACGCGAAUACUUUGAAUGAUGGGCAGAUCACACAGCUCCACAAGUCGAUUCAUUACAUCUGCAACACCGCGGUGGAGCUGUUGGGUGACUCGGAGAAGUUCCCCGAGGACUGGCUGUUCAAGCAUCGAUGGGGGAAGGGCAAAAAGGAUGCCUCGAAUACAUUGCCCAACGGAGACAAGAUUGCUUUUCUUACAGUGGGUGGACGGACCAGUGCUGUAGUGCCCUCAGUCCAGAAGAAGACUGGACCUGUGGCAAAGGAGAUGAGUGAAGCUGAGAUGCCAGAUGACGACGGCGAUCUCCCGAAGAAGCCCAAGGGCAAAAAGCGCAAGGCUGCAGAGCAGAACGGAGAUGGCGAGAUUGAACCCAAGAAGACGAAGGGAAAGAACCGCAGUUCGACUACAAAAGAGGAGGACGAUGACGAUGAAGAGGAAGUGAUGCCCAAGAAGACGACUGCUAGGGGCAAGAAGGCGCAGGCAAAGACAGAACCGGACUGGGAGGAGUUGAAGCCCGUGGUUAACGGGGAUAUGAAGCCACCAACAAAGGCGAAAAAGGCUGCUAACGCGCCAGCAAGCAAAGCAGAAGACAAGCCACUCAAAUCAGAAGAGUCCACGGGGACUCGAGGGAAGAAAGCAAAGCCUUCAGCCCCGGAGGCUGCGUCAAAUGACACGGGGAGAAGGCGGUCAGGUCGAUUAAGCAGGUCUUGAUCAAUCUUGCGGGAUGGCGAACUUUGGAAUCAUGGGGUCUUUUCUCAAGUGCCAUUAUUGUGUUGCUAUUAGUUGGAUACUGCCUAUGUUGGCACGUAACAUCUCGCGCGGGGCGACUUUGUAUGAACUCAAAAGCCUCAGGCCAAAAACAAGAAAACCC